UGAUUGGCGUUAACCAAACAAGUUUGGUUAACGUUGCCCUCGGGGGGGAUCUGGGCCUCGCUGUUUAUUCGGCCGAUUGUGGUCACAUCGGAGAGCAAGGGCUGCUCCUCUUCCAGCUCAGCGGAGUCGCAGGCUGCACCGUGAGGGCACCCGCAGACAUGACCGGCCAGCGGUCGCUGUCGCUGCUGCUGGUGCUGAUCGCUGUGUCACGUGGACAGCAUCUUCACACGGGAGGCGAGUGGGAGCCGGGGCCGUGCGACGACUCCGAGGUGCGGCGACUCCGCGAGCAGGUGACGGCGCUGGAGCGCGCGCUCGGAGAAGCGCACGCCCGCACGUACGCCCUGCUCCAGGAGCGCACCGCCAGGACGGCGCCACUACCACAGCCACCACGGUCGGCGCCCGCUUUCGGCUCCCAGGGGGAGUACGCCGACUGCGCCGAGGCGUUCAACGCGGGCCGCGUGCGGAGCGGCUACUACCGCGUGCACCCACGCAGCGCGCCGGACGCCUUCACCGCUUACUGCGACAUGUCCGACGGUGGCGGCUGGACCGUGCUCCAGCGUCGAACCGACGGCAGCGUGGACUUCAACAGAGCAUGGAAGGAAUACAAGGAUGGAUUUGGGAACUUCAAGGCUGACAACAGCGAAUACUGGCUGGGCAAUGAAAAAAUACACCAACUCACCAUUCAAGGUGACUACAUCCUGAAGGUGGACCUCACCGACUGGGACGGCGAGCAGCGCGACGCUCAGUAUCAGAGGUUCCGGGUCGCAGAUGAGAAAGCAAAAUACCAGCUGACGUUUGGCGCCUACAGCGGCGGCACGGCGGGGGACGCUCUGUCGGGCGGCUUCCACCCCGAGACGCGCUGGUGGGCCGACCUCAACGGGAUGUCCUUCAGCACGCGCGACCGCGACGGCGACCGCUACGAGGAGGGGCAGUGCGCCCGCGAGGACACCGCCGGCUGGUGGUUCAACAGAUGCCACGGAGCGAAUUUGAAUGGCGUGUACCACCUCGGAGGGCCCUACUCGGCGGGCACGGACAAUGGCAUCGUGUGGUACACGUGGCGCGGCUGGUGGUACUCGUACCGCGCCGCGCGCAUGAAGGUCCGCCCGGCUGCCUUCCAGCCGGCGGAGGCCACCUAGGGCUGGCCGUCAUCGCAUUGCCCACCGGGGGUCCGAAGCCUCAUUGGGCUCAUCGGCCUCAUCGUCAUCAGCGGUGGCUUCUUGAAAAAUCGCCGUCUUGUCGGAAAGGAGGUUGGCUCUCAAAUCGGGGUUUUUUUGUGGUUCGAAAUGAUUGCGGAAAUUAUACCGGCCUUGAGGAAAAACGAGACCCUGACGUCACGUGAUUGUCGAAGAGCAAUUGCAGAAAUACAGUUCGUCUUUUUUUCGAUUUUUAGUUAUUACACUGUAUAUGCUGUACUAAAUAGACCAGGAAAUAACACAUUCCCUGACUAAAUACUGCCAGUAACUUAACCAAACUCAAUCAUGUAAGCACAUGCAUGCCCACCUGGUAAGCAAGGCAUUUAAAUGAUGGCAGUGCUGUGACCCCUGUGUUCUAUGUGCCCGUGCGUAUGAGCGGCGUUACAAGGACAGCAGAAUCACAGAAUUCCUGAAUGAGUUCCAUCACCGUGUCUGUGCGCUGGUCUAAUUAUUGAAACUCAGAAGAUAUGGCCCAGGGUUUGUCCCACACACCUGCACCAGCCCUGCGCGGCUCUACGGUGUGGGACGAUGGUUUUAUUAUGAGCUUGGCUGCUAGAUCUCUCAAUGCCUCGAGCUCAACUAGAGCUCCUUGUUGCUACGGUGGCAACACCAACAGCCGCUUCUGACCCGCCCCCUACUGGACAUCUGUGAAAAAGAGCCUCAUAGCUCAUCGGAUUCCUCCAGUCGCUUCGUGGAGUGGAGGUGGCUGUAGGCAGGAUUAGCUGCCAUCACAUGAAUUCCGCGGCCCCCCCCUCUUUUGGAUCCCAAGGUAAGAAGCGAGGGUUUCCGAGAUGCCGUCGCAUUUAUAGUAACUGCAUUGAGGAGCACUGAUCUGCGAUGGGCUCCAGUGCUUACAGCUUGUGGUCUGUUUUUAGGUUGGAGGCCCUAGCCCAUGGGUUGCUGCAGGCUUAAUCGACACCGUCUUGCUGUGCUCUUUUUGGGUGUUGUAACCUGUGACAAUCCUGUUGGCCACCACGCUCGCUGUAAACGUUUGAUUUCCAUGCCUGAAGCAUCUGCGGCCUCUGUGAAAAGUGAUACACGAAUAAAUUGCAAUUGAUGUCGA